AUGAAGCUGCUGCCUCUGCGCUUGCAUGAUCGGUGUCCUAUCUGUCAAUUUCCAUUUAUUUUUGGAAAUGAACAGAAUAAAUUUGCCCAUUUAGAAACCUGUCAAGGUGCUACAGAUGAGGCUGAAGAAUGCCCUGCAGGUUUACAGUGUAGUGCCAAAGAACAUCUGCAUUUUAAUACAUUUUCUCAUUUUAAGUUAGCAUUGUCAAGAUGUCAGGGAGAAUCAGUUGUGAUAAAAGAAGACAUCAGUAGUUUUGACACUAAUAUUACUAAUUUUAGUCAUGAGAAGGAAAGUAAAAAACAUAAAAUUUCAGAAACAGUGACAUCGAAAAGUACUGUUAAUUGCCCUGAUAAUCUUGUUUUUCAUAUGACUGGUCAAAUUGUUUACUCUGAAGAAAUUGUUUCUUUAAAGAAGAUGACAAUUAACUUUGGUGCCUUGGACAUGAACUGUGAUAUUUGCAUUAACAACCCAAUGAAUAUAUCUAGCAUUAAUUCUUGUGUGAAAAUGAAUUUUUUGUCUGAAGAUGGACCUACAGUUCCUGCUCUAAAUCUACAUCCUAUUGAAUUAAAUGUAACCUUCAACGAAAAGGGUUGGAAGCAGAUAAGCAUUAAUUAUAUUUCUGGCUUUCAAGUAAAAGUAUUUGAAUUGAUACUUGGAAAAUGUUGUCAUUUUGUUGAAGUGAAGUGUGUUUUUGGGAAAGAUGAUCGAUUUCAAGAUAUGAAUGAAGUACAUGCCCAAACUCUGGCACGCUUUGAUUUUGAUAGUAUGUGUUUGAAUGAAUGUAAGUCUCCAGAGAAAACGGUAGUAGAGAAAUUGUGGUUGAACUCUAAUCAAAAGAAUGAAUUUCAAAGAAAAUGUGCUGUAGGAGAAACUUCAUAUGAUUUUCAAAAUAGUCAUUCAUGUGAAGAUGUUUUUGAUAUAUCUACUUGUAAAUUAACAGAAAACAUUCAAGAGAUCCAGAAUGAUGUGAAAGAAAAAUGGAAAAAUCUUUUCAAGAAAAAUACAAGUCAAUCUCCUACUCCUGUGGCAAGUACUAACCUCCCAUGUCUUGAGAGAUCAAAAAUAACGUCACGACCUUGUCCCUUUUACAAAAGAAUUCCAGGCACAUCGUUUGCUGUUGAUGCAUUUCAGUAUGGAAUGAUACCCGGCGUGACUCAUUACUUCUUAACUCAUUUUCAUGCUGAUCAUUAUUGUGGACUUUCGAAGAAAUUCAAGCAAAUUAUAGUCUGCAGUUCAAUCACAGCUGCCCUAGUCGCGAAGAAGCUGAGAGUUGAAUCAAAAUAUCUAAAUGUUGUAAAACACAUGGAAGCAUCUUUUAUAAAAAAUGUGAAAGUAACCCCACUUCAUGCCAACCACUGUCCAGGUUCUUUGAUGUUCCUCUUUGAACUGCAGAAUGGACUAAGCUACCUUCACGUGGGUGAUUUCCGUGCAGAUUCACAAAUGGAAAAAUAUCCAGCUCUAAGUGGACUGAAUGUUGAUAUACUUUUCCUUGAUACCACAUACUGCAAUCCAAAGUAUGAAUUUCCAACACAGGAAAGUGUGGUUGAAGGUGUGAUUGAAAUAGCCAGAAAACACAUGAAAUUGCACUCAAAUACAUUGUUUGUUUGUGGAACGUAUACUAUAGGAAAAGAAAAGGUUUUCAUGGGUCUUGCUGAUGCUCUUCAGUGUAAAGUAUGGGCUUCAAAAGCAAAACUUGAGGUGCUGAGAUGUUUUAAUGAUAAAAAAUUGAAUUCUAAAUUGGUAGAAGAUCCUUCAAAAGCUCAAGUUCAUUUAUGGCCUAUGGGAAAUCUCAAUCAUGAG